AUGCAUGUAUAUGCUUGUGCACAAAGGAGGGGAGCGUGUUUAAAUCAAUACAGUCGAUGUAAUUCAAUUCUUAAUUGUAAACAAUCGGGCGAAGAUGAAUUACAAUGUUAUCCAUUCGAUCGAUGCCAAUUAAAUGAACAUUAUUGUCUAAACAAAACGAAUGGUGCCAUUGAAUGUCUGUCAAUAGAACAAUAUUACAAUAAUACAAUAAUUGAUUGUCUCGGUGCAUCUGAUGAACAAGAUCAGUGUCGUAGUAUUGAUGAUUCCCAAGAAUACGCUAGUUAUCAUUGUUUAAAUGAAACAAAAUGUAUAUCAGUACUAGAAUUGUGUGAUUGUAACCAAGAUUGCGAAUAUAAUGAUGAUGAAUUAUUAGUAUGUCCAUGGAUGACAAAAUGUGUUCAAGGACAAUUUCAAUGUAUGGAUGGCAGUUACAUAUUUGUGUACCAAAGAUGUGAUGGAAAUUUGAACUGUAAACCAUUAGGUGAAGAUGAAUUAUUGUGUGAUCUAUCACCAAAAUGGAAAAGAAUACAUUUUCAUACAGAUCAUUUCAACCAAUAUCCAUUGGUAAGCCAGUAUUGUUGUUCUUAUGCUCCUAGACAAACAAAUUGUCUUAUUAUACAUAAAUAG